AGGAAUAGCGAAGGAGGAAUCGUCAAAAUGGCCGAAGUUGAUUUUGAUCCGCUACUUUCUCUGCUAAAAGCAAGCAGUAAAGAAGUUGUGGUACGUCUGAGCAAUGAAGCCUACCUGCUCCGGAGUAGCAAUCAAAUCCCUGGGGAUGUCGUGAAGAAAACUACUGAGGCUCUUGGUAUAGAUCAGAAAGAAUCUUACAAGUUGAUUCUCGCCCUCGGUGGUUUAAUCAAGAAAUCCUUGUUUCUUUCUUCAUCUGAACCUGGACCAGUGCUGGCUCUCUUCCCAGAUAACUUCCAUAAAAAUCUGAAGGAACUGCUCACCAAGGUAAUCUUGGACAACCUGAAUAACUGGAGAAACAGGGCCAUCUCAAGUCAAGUUUCCUUGCCCCGACUUCUUGACUUUGACUGGCGUGUUGAUACCAAGAUGUCAUCAGACGCCAUUGCUAGGAUGUCUAUCCCGACUUGUAUAUUACAAAUGCAGGUACAGGAUCCACCACUUGAGUUAGAGAGGCAGCAAGAGACUUCCACAUUAAAUGUAGAAUUGUCAAAAGAGACUAUUGAAACCAUGUUAGAUGGACUUGGAAAGAUAAGGGAUCAGUUGUCUUCUGUGACAAAGAAAUAAUGUGUUGGACGUUUAUCGAAGACAAUAUUGUAUCAAAGACAAUAAAUGGUGCUGAUUAAUGAACAAAUAAUCACUGUAUAUUUAUGGCUUAUUCAUGCACCACGCGUGGUCUGAUCAGCUGGAUGUCUGAGGCAAUACAGUCCAUACCAGCACAUCUAGUGCUGUGUCACUCUGGUAGAACAAGCAUUCAGAGUCCCACUUGACUGAAGCGAUGCCCAAUACAACUGGCAUGCUGAACGGCCAACAGGAUGAACUUCCAUGCCUUCAGGUUGUGACUUCGUCCUCGUAAGACCAAUGGUCACAACUGAUUCAUGCAGACUUAUUCCAGGCCUUCACUCCUCAAGAGAGCAUAGGCCGCCAACAACUCACUUCCCCCGUCGUCUUCUGUGCCUGGCGAUCCUCUCAAGUUCCUGCCCAGAGUGACCCAUGGUCUUUAUAUCAUUCUCGAGGGCUCAUCACCAGCUGCAUGGAGAAUUCAAACACAACAUGAAGACAGCAUUAUAAUGAUAAUAUACUUUGCUUUAUUUGAAAUACAAUAUCUGUAAAAUAUAGUCACAUUUCAUGUUAAACCUUAACCAUAGGGAAAUCUAUACACGAAUGACAAGCAAAAUCAUUCAACUUACAUGGGACAUGGUCCACAUAAACAAGGCAGUACAGGAGCAUACAGGGUGUUACAAAAUAUGUGGAUUAGUGAAAUUGUAGCAAUGCCAGUAAUUCUCAGCAAUUCUUAGCACAAUGUUGCGCACUUGUGUCAAUCUCUUGACUAAGUUCCUGUACAUGUAGUGCACAAAUAUACUUGUUUUAUACUACAGAACCAAUAACUAGUGACAAUAAGUCGUCAACCAAUAAAAGACAUUUGUUUCAAUACACAAGAGACUUGAAAUGCCACUUAUUGUUAAUGUGACAUUCAUAAUCAUGACUCGACGACAAAA